UAAACGUUUUCUCAGCUAUUGAAUACUAUGUUGUGUAUGUUGCGAGUUCGGUAAUAAAACUCGACCCACAAACGUCUUCAAGUCACAGUUUACCGGUUGCCUUCUAACCGUUCAAUUGAACGCUUUAUCAACGAGCAAAAACCAAAAAAUUGAAUAAUAGUGGAUUAAAAGUAUUAAAGGAUAAAACCAUAUAGAUUGUGGAUUAAAAAUUUAAUUUUUUUUAAAUUUUCAACUAAAAGAGAUAUGUUUAAGUUUGUGUGUUUGUUUGCCCUGGUGGCAACCAGUGCUGCUGCAGUCACAGCGAAUGGAUCCCCCUCAGAAAGCGACAAUCUUUUGUCCAGUGCUUUGAAAAUUGUUAAGGAUUGCGGUGAUCGUUCAAUGGUUCUGUGCAUCAAGGAACGUGCAUUACACUACUUCGAUAGUGAGAAUGGCGACGUUAAAUUGACUGAUGGCAUUUCCUUGAUCAAAACCGAUGAUAUACCAGUCGGACGUUCACUCAAUGAAGUCGUCUUGCCCGAAGAAUCUGAGGCUCGCGAGAAUGAGGUUGAUUCACUAUUGGUCGAACGUGUGGCGCGCUUCUUCGGCACACACACUCUACAAUUCAAAGUACCAAAAGACUCCAUACAGGAUAUGCAACGUGCGCUUGAAGAAUCUCGCGGUAAGAAGAAGCAAAAGAAGAAGUUAUUAUUGCCACUUUUGUUGCUCUUCAAAUUGAAAAUGGCUGCACUCCUUCCACUUGCCAUUGGUUUCUUGGCAUUGAUUUCUUUCAAAGCUCUAGUGAUCGGUAAGAUUGCUUUACUUUUGUCGGGUAUUAUUGGCUUGAAGAAAUUGAUGGAAUCCAAGAAAGAGAAUUAUGAAGUUGUAGCGCAUCCAAGCUACUCACACGAUGAACACAGUUACGGACGUUCACUGCGUCAAGCACAGAACUUGGCCUAUGCCGCAUAUAAACCCUGAACUGAUAACACACUAUAGACGAUAUAUACUCUCUAUGGGAGCGCGUUAGGUGGAACGAGUGCAAUAAAGUACUGGUGGACUUAAUUUAUUUAUUUAAUUAUUUAAUAAUUUUUUUAUAGUGCAAUGUUCAGUUGAGAAAAAAAGCCAUGUUUUCAAAUUUAUUUAUUUAUUUAUUUAUUUAUUUAAUUGAAGCG